AUUACAGGAAAGCUGUCAGGCGCAGAAGGGGACACGCAUUCCAGCGACUAUGAAGCCUUUCUGCAACAACUAGCGGGGCUGCCUUCUGGUGCGUCAAUGCUAUUGAAGAAGCACAGAUUUACAGAAAAAACUAUCGGAAGAAUAUUUUAAGGUGCGUCUUCCAGGCUGACCCCAGCAGCAGAAAUUAGGGAGCACAGAAGCACGCCAAGAAUACCACGAUGAAUCAACAAGGAGGCUUGAGCGGUAGCUUGCUAAUGAACAUGGAUAUAGAGCUGAAUGCCUCCCUUGCCACUGCCGAUGAGCUCUCCAAGGAGCUGGGCAGCAUGUGGGAAGAGUGCUCAUCAGUGACUGACACCCCAGAACUCAAGAGCUCUGUGUACAGGUCCAGUCCGGUGGGCUCCAAUGAAAAUCUGAAUAAACCGAGUCCUGUUUCCAGCAGCAGAGACCAGCCUGCACAGGUCUCUUACUUCUCAUACAAGCCAGCCAGCCUCUCUGAGCAGGGCCAGUCCACAAAGUCUUUGGACUCGGUGACAGCUGGAAAAUACCAGUCUAGCCCCCGCCCCCCCAGCCUCUACUCUCCCGACAGGCAGGCACCACCUCUGGGACAACGAGAUCACAGUGGCUCCCCUCGCACAGUCAACUCGGACUCCCUUUUCAGCUCUGAACCGCGUAGCCUGCCUCGACAAUUAAGCCACAACUCCUCCCAGCGCAUGAUGAGGCGCAAUCCUCCAUUUCCAGUGUACGAAUCUGGCCAAUCAGGACUCGGCUCUCCGCGGUCAUUGCCAUUUGAGCGAAGCCCCUCCCCUCACCUAGGCUACCCUGCCAACUCCAGCACAAUGCCACGGAACUUCAAAACCUUCAAGUCUCAGGAUGACUCUCUUGGCAGACCGAGGCCCCCCAAUCCCUGGAACGAGUCGGAUCUCGACAUCGGCUACAAGAGGACAACACGCCAGCAGCAGGGUCUAGACAAGUACAGGACUAUGCCCUCUAACACCAUGCCCUUCGGCAGUUGGAGGGAGUCAAACCUGGACACUCCCCCCUCUCAAGCAAAGGAUAUGCCAGUCCGGAUGAUUGCUCCCUAUAUCUCCUCGUUGCCCCGUCCCACUCCGCUCUCUCCAUGGAGCAGCCCUCGGUACAGCCAGCAGCCCAUCAUCUCCCGAAUCGCCGUCCCGCCAGGCUCUCCACGGGGGGAGCAGCACCGUCCCAUACCUCUCUCCGUCAUAAUGAGGCUCCAGCACCCCUACUGGACCAGGGAGAAUGCCAUCGCCUCCUGGGGGCAGACGGGGGAUACUGCACCCUACCGGAACACGCACCAACCCCAGCCCCAGUUUGAGAGACCAGUGCCGGUCACAGCAGCAGGGAUGGUGGUCUUGAGCCCAGAAGGCCCCCCAGCUCCAGUUUUGGACAGUGGGGCGGUAGAGCCCGAGCUGGAAGGGCUGGGGGUGGGGGUGGGGGAGAUGAUGGAGGUGGCCCCACGGCCCCUGAGCCCCACACGCCUGCAGCCGGUGCUGCCCCCUGACGCCGAGCCUCUGCCUCAGAUGGAGGAGCUCCUGAGGAUGCGAUCGGAGAUCCCUCGAGCGCUGAAGAAACGCAGCUCCAUCGACAACCCUCCAGCCCAGCGCAAGCAAUACAAACAGAUCAUCAACAAGAUUUUCCAGCGGCGCAAAGGCAUUGAGGAUCUGGGGAGCGAUGCAGGCCUCUCGGAGCUGGGGGAGAACUUGAGCCUCACUCCUGUCACCCAAACACAUGCAGCCAAGGGUCUGAGCUCCAUCUUGAAGACACCCAAGUCAGAGCGCUCAGGCCGUAGAGCCCGACUCAGCCCUCACGUCUUGCUGCUAGACGCUUCUCUAGUGGGGGAGCUGGAUGUGGUUCAGAGUGCCGUCCAAGAGAUGAGUGACCCUAGCCAGCCCAAUGAUGAGGGCAUCACUGCUCUCCACAAUGCCAUAUGUGGGGGACACUACCCUGUGGUGGAGUUCCUGGUUCAGAUUGCUGCUAACGUCAAUGCUCCAGACAGUCACGGCUGGACCCCACUGCAGUGUGCUGCCUCUUGUAAUGACCGUCUGCUCUGCGAGUUUCUGGUGCGGAACGGGGCAGCCAUCUUAGCUGUGACCGAGAGCGAUGGGGCCACUGCAGCGCAGAAAUGUGACCCGUUCGCACCGAACUUUGAGGAGUGUGAGCAGUUUCUCCAAGGAGCGGAGGAGUCCAUGGGUGUGGUGAACAGUGGGGUGCUCUAUGCUCUGUGGGAUUACACUCCCUGCAAUGCAGAUGAGCUGCCUUUCCGAGAAGGAGACAUGGUGACAAUCCUGCAGCGGGACGAUGAGGGGGGCUGGUGGUGGGCCUCGCUCUGCGGCCGGGAGGGCUUCGUCCCCAAGAAUUACUUUGGGUUGUACCCCCGGAUCCGACCCAAAUCCACGUCCUCCUGAAGCUGAGCAGGAAUAAUACGAGCCUCCUUGGUUCUGAACCCAGACAAGGAUCCGCUGAACCCCCUGGAGCGUGACUGGAACCAACUGGACCAGAUUUACUGCACACUAACUGGUGCUGUGUGCAGCUGGUCUGUGCUGGCACUGCUACUGUAUUCAUGAUUGUUACUUACCCAUGUGGAUGCUAUACCCGCUACUGGCAUGCAUGUAAAUAUAACACUGGAACAAACUUGUUACUUUCAAAUGCACCGUCACAGGUGUUGAUUGUGAUUCUGUAUCACACACACUGACAAACUCGCACUGACACACACACACACAUGUAUUAAGUUUGUCACAGCAGAUAAGGUAUUGUUGCUAAAAGUUCUUUAUUAGUUAAACUAGUUCAUCCUGUUUCUUGGUAUAGCCGCCUGGCAUUGUGAAAGAGUUCUCUUACCUAGCUGAAGUGAGAAUGUGAUUUUAUACUGUACAACACAACUGGGCAUGUCGUUCUGUUAGAAAUAAUCUUAAGGUAAAUUCACAAGCACUUGUAGUAUUGACUUUUUUUUCUUGAUGUAUUUUUACAAUGAAUUUGUUUUCUGUAGACAAGAAGACGCAUUACGAGGUGUCUUGGUAGUUUUGAUUAGAGGGACUUUCAAUUGUUUACAACGCAGAGCCCAUUUUUAUGACCAGCAGCCUUUUUAUGUUCUCAAAUGAUUAAGUCAGUGGCCAUUUACUGCUGGCACGUGCUUCCAUGCUCUGUCCCCCUCAAUGGUCUUCACCAUUCCUUCAGUAUAUUACCACCUAGUGGCUUAAGGUAGAAAACAUGGGCACGAGGAGUUUUAGUAGAAAUGUACACUUUCUACUCUUAUAAAUGAAAUGCAGCACGGUUGUAUGUGUUAUGAUAGAUUGCAAGGAAUACAUACAAAUGCUAUCUAUAAAUUUGAGUUGCAUUUUAUAGAACUGGAGGAAUCCGGUAUUCACUAGAUCCAAUGAACAGUGCUGACCAAUGACUGCAAUAUUAUUUCGGGAAUGCUAAAUCGGGCAGGAGGAAGACUCAGGUUAUCGAGAUAGAGGCACUCUUGUCCUGCAGCGCGUGGUUGGUUUAUCCUGUUUGACUGCUAGGGGAAAUAACGCUAUGGAAACGGUAAAUGUCUGAAAGCAUGCUCGCGAAGUCAUGCACCCCGCUAAACUGAUGUUUUUUACAAAACAGAACAAAGAUGCUUGCGGUGUAUGCAGUACUUUUUUCUUCAGAUUGCAUGAUGUUAACUAAAUAAACCAAAAUGUACACAA